GGAGGGGUCAUAACGUUCGUCCAACACAACAGCCUCUGAACUAAUACCAAGUCGUUUAUUUAUCAAAUAAAUCAAUCUCCACCACGGUAUGUAUUGUAAACCACAACUCGUAAUGGUUGUUGACUGAUAUUUCCAAACGAAGGAGACCUUUUGAAGGACCAGGUUAUGCACAUGAAUUUUGGUUAAAUCCAUGGUUACUUUGUUUGGUGAAGUAAGUGAACAGACGCGGAAGGCUGAUGAGAAAUGUGCGUUUAAACUGCGUCUGUAAUCGUCUGACACCAUGCUGAGCUCCAUCUACAGCUGUUCUGCAGUAUCUGUGUCGAUAUGAAGUCCAGCGUGGCUGUGUUUACCAGAGAGGAUCCCUUGCCACCUCUUCCGAGCAGGAAGACUGGCUAUCACCCAUCCCGCAGACAGAACCUCACACAGAAAAAGAGCUCCAAAAAAACCCCUGCAGACGACCGACCGGCCUGGCCCUCGACGGACCAGGGAUCUCCCUCCAGCAAGACGGCCUUCCCUUCCAACACGGAUCCGCCUGGACCCUCUGCUGGGGGUUUCAACAUGUCUUCCCCCCACCAACAGGAUUCAGUUCUGGCAAGGUACGUCCAGCGUUUCCGCUACGGCGAGCCCAGGAGCCGGGCGGAGCGCCGACCGGUGUCCCCUGCUGCCGGGAGAGAGGAGGCACGACUCUUCUGGUGGAUGAGUCCCUCGUCUCCUCCUUCUAGUCCCACACCCCGAGACUCAGGAGACAUGGAUGAAACAGCUGCCCUGAAAGAAGACCAGGACCCUGGCAGAGGCGGGGAACUCGGAACCUCAAGACCGUACAGGGAACCACUUGAUAUCAGCUCGUUGGACCUGUCUGACUCCUCUCUGGGGGACCGCUGGGACAGUGGGGGCGUGCAGGAGAGGGCCAGCCGACUGCUACAGAGGAGUGAGAGCUCCGUCAGCAGUGGCUCCCUGGUCGUCAGCUCUGAGGGCCUCGGGGGCUCUGGUUUAUCCUCCCCCGUCAGCGCGAAUGAGCCGUUCCGAAGACCCUUCUUUCCCUGUCCGAUUGAACCGACCGCGUGUAACAAAAGCUCAUCUUCGGCCACUGUGGGCCCCUCGCAGAACAGCUACACGCCAUCUUCCUCCAUUAGUCGUCAACGCCCGGAGGAAGACAUCCUCUUCCAAUGGCGGUUGAGAAGGAAAAUGGAGCAGGCCAGCCACUGGCCCCCGGCCCCCUCACAACCGUUCCCUAGCUUCCACCAGCACCAACCACCUUCAGCCUGGCAGACCCCUACUCUCCACCAGCCACCUUCAGCCUGGCAGACCCCUACUCUCCACCAGCCACCUUCAGCCUGGCAGACCCCUACUCCCCACCAGCCACCUUCAGCCCUGCAGAACCCGAGUCUCCACCAGCACCAACCACCUUCAGCCUGGCAGAACCCUACUCUCCACCAACCACCUUCAGCCUGGCAGAACCCUACUCUCCUACUGCACCAGCCACCUCCAGCUGGACAGACAUCUAGUCUCCACCAGCCCUCAGUCAGUGGCUCCAUGGAACAUAUGCGGCCUCAGGACCAGGGACCCGAACCGUCGCAAAGAACGCCGCCAUCCAUCCUCCCCACGCCACAACACGGGAGUAAAGGAACGCACGGGCCGUGUCCCCCAACCGCGGGCCCCCCCUCGACAUCCACCCCCCGUCCUGCGUCCAGCCAAACGGCCUCCAGUCACCAGCCGGCGAGGGAGCCUCCUCUCUGGGAUGGAUUCCCUGGUCCGGUGCCAUCGUCUUUUCCAACAAUGCCACCCAAAGCCCCGACCGACAUCGCCCCAAAACACUCUCGACCAACCGCUAGAACCGUGACUAACCCUUCCGCGGCAGCGGGCGGCCGGGAACCAGAGUCGUGUCCCCCCCCGCCCAGCUCCUCGGAGCCGACAAAGGACGAGCGGAGCUCUGACACCAAGGAGCAGAAGACGGCCCACAGGAAGCAGAAGAGGCGCCCUGCUGGAGACGGGCCGGGCCCUCAGACCGGGGGCUGCUCGCGGCCCCGCCCGGACAGCAUGGCAGCGCCCGCGCCUCAAAGGUUGUCCCCCGACAAAGACACACGGCAGAGGAAGAGCCAAGCGCUCCACCAGGGGGUCUGUUCUGCUCAAUGUGCCCCGCCGUCUCCCGUCCACCUGGCCUUACGACAGGCGGUUUCCGAGGUGCUGUUCCCCACGCGGCGUGCCUCUUCCUCCUCCGUCCCCCCGCGGUGCGCCCCACCUGCUCCGCCGCGGCCCCAGGGUCCCGACGGCAGCGCCCAGCCCCCCGAGGAGGUCCUCUCACAGCUGCUCCGCGACGCCGAGGAUUCCGACGGAGAGGAGUUCGGAGACGAUGGUUUACUGCAGGUGCUACGCAAGCAGAGGACGCGAGUGAAGGACCAAAUAAGUCAAGUGGACUCCUUGUUGGAGGAAUUCACACCAGUGGCGGAAGAAGCUUGAACCAAGGAGCACUUGCAAUACUUUUGUUUUUUAAUUUUAUACAUAAAGAGUGCAUUUGUAUCAUGUAUUUAUAAAGAUGCUGUGACAAAUAUAAAUUAAAACAUUAACUUUUGAAA